AUGGCACAACAGGUGAUCGCCUCGCCGUUCAUAAAGCCGUUCUUCCUGAAGGCGCAGGUCAAUGUUGCCACUCCGCUUCGCCAACGCCGACACACGCUCCCUGCUAGCGAGUUUCGCAAUCUCACCCCGGAGGACGCCAUCAGCGUGUUUGAGAUCGAGAGAGAAGCAUUCAUCUCAGUGUCUGGAGAGUGCCCCCUCACCCUUGACGAGGUGCUGGGCUUCCUGAGCCAGUGUGCCGAGCUGUCGCUGGGUUGGUUUGAGGAGGGUCAGCUGGUGGCCUUCAUCAUUGGCUCCAGAUGGGACAAAGAGAGGCUUACUCAAGAGGCCAUGACCGCGCACGUCCCCGGCGCGCCCGCCGUGCACAUCCACGUGCUGUCGGUGCACCGCCACUGCCGGCAGCAGGGCAGGGGCUCGGCGCUGCUGUGGCGCUACCUGCAGCACCUGUGCUGCCUGCCGGGGCUCCGCCGGGCCCUGCUGCUCUGCGAGGCCUUCCUGGUGCCCUUCUACCGCGCCGCCGGCUUCAAGGAGAGGGGCCCCUCUGCCAUCGCCGUGGGAACCCUCCGCUUCAUCGAGAUGGAGUAUACGCUCGCCGGGGCGGCCUACGCUAGGCGGAACAGCCGCUGGUAG